AUGUCUGAAUCAGUUGCUCCAGUUUCUAGUGUUUUUGAAACCAUUUUGGUUUUAGAUUUUGGUUCACAAUAUUCACAUUUAAUUACUCGUCGUUUAAGAGAAUUUAAUAUUUAUGCUGAAAUGUUACCAUGUACUCAAAAAAUUUCAGAAUUAAAUUGGAAACCAAAAGGUGUUAUUUUAUCCGGUGGUCCUUAUUCAGUUUAUGCUGAAGAUGCUCCUCAUGUUGAUCAUGAUGUCUUCAAAUUAGGUGUUCCAAUCUUGGGUAUUUGUUAUGGUAUGCAAGAAUUAGCUUGGAUUAAUGGUAAAGGUGUUGCUAGAGGUGAAAAACGUGAAUAUGGUCCAGCUACUUUAAACGUUGUUGAUGCUUUAUCUCCAUUAUUUAAAGAUGUUGAUCAUUCAAAAGUUUGGAUGUCUCAUGGUGAUAAAUUAAAUGGUUUACCAUCUGGUUAUAAAGUUAUUGCUACUUCAGAUAACUCUCCUUAUUGUGGUGUUGCUCAUGAAACUGAACCAAUCUUUGGUAUUCAAUUCCAUCCAGAAGUUACUCAUUCAGAAAAGGGUAAAUAUAUCUUGAAAAAUUUCGCUGUUGAUAUUUGUAAAGUUGCAACUAAUUGGACUAUGGAAAACUUCAUUGAUACUGAAAUCAAUAGAAUUAGAACUUUAGUUGGUCCAACUGCUGAAGUUAUUGGUGCUGUUUCAGGUGGUGUUGAUUCCACUGUUGCUGCUAAAUUAAUGACUGAAGCUAUUGGUGAUCGUUUCCAUGCUAUUAUGGUUGAUAAUGGUGUUUUAAGAUUAAAUGAAGCUAAACAAGUUAAAGAAACUUUAACAAAAGGUUUAGGUAUUAAUUUAACCGUUGUUGAUGCAUCUGAUAGAUUUUUAGAUGGUUUAGCUGGUGUUACUGAUCCUGAAAAAAAACGUAAAAUUAUUGGUAAUACAUUUAUUCAUGUUUUCGAAGAAGUUGCUCAAACUAUUAAACCUAAAAAUGGUAAAGAAAUUGAUUUCUUAUUACAAGGUACUUUAUAUCCAGAUGUUAUUGAAUCAAUUUCAUUUAAAGGUCCUUCUCAAACUAUUAAAACUCAUCAUAAUGUUGGUGGUUUAUUAGAAAAUAUGAAAUUAAAAUUAAUUGAACCAUUAAGAGAAUUAUUUAAAGAUGAAGUUCGUGCAUUAGGUGAAUUAUUAGGAAUUCCUCAUGAUUUAGUUUGGAGACAUCCAUUCCCAGGUCCAGGUAUUGCUAUUAGAGUUUUAGGUGAAGUUACAAGAUCUCAAGUUGAAAUUGCAAGAAAAGCUGAUCAUAUUUAUAUUGAAGAAAUUAAAAAAGCUGGUUUAUAUAAAAAUAUUUCUCAAGCUUUUGCUGCUUUAUUACCUGUUAAAUCAGUUGGUGUUAUGGGUGAUCAACGUACUUAUGAACAAGUUAUUGCAUUAAGAGCUAUUGAAACUACUGAUUUCAUGACUGCUGAUUGGUAUUGUUUUGAUGCUUCAUUCUUGAAAAAAGUUAGUUCAAGAAUUGUUAAUGAAGUUGAUGGUGUUGCUCGUGUUACUUAUGAUAUUACUUCAAAACCACCAGCAACUGUUGAAUGGGAAUAG